AUGGGGGACACACUGGAGAGGAGCUCUGAGGAGCCCGAGAACUCUUUGAACAAUGAGUGUUCGACGAAAAUGGGGGACCUUGUAGAAGUCUCGAGUGGUGAAAAGGUCAAGUUUGAUGAUACAGGUCUCUCUCUGGUGCUCCAGAAUGGCCUUGAGAAUCUUCGGCUUGAAAAUUCCCUUACAGAUGUCAUCCUGUGUGUGGACAGCAGGGAAUUCUCCUGCCACCGAGUGGUCCUUGCUGCAGCAAGCAAUUAUUUCAGGGCCAUGUUCUGCAAUGAUUUAAGAGAGAAAUAUGAGGAGAAGAUCAUACUAAAAGGAGUUGAUGCAGAAACCAUGAAUAUACUCUUGGACUACACCUACACCAGCAAGAUGCUCAUCACAAAGCAAAAUGUACAGAAAGUCUUGGAAGCUGCCAGCCUCUUUCAGUUCCUGCGCAUGGUAGAUGCUUGUGCCAGUUUUCUCACGGAAGCGCUCCAGCCGGAGAACUGCGUUGGCAUCCUGAGGCUGGCUGAUGCCCACUCCCUGCACAGCCUCAAACAACAAGUGCAGAACUACAUUAUCCAGAACUUCACCCAGGUCCUGAACUACGAGGAGUUCCUGGAGCUGCCGGCAGACAUUCUGUGCAGCACGCUCAAGAGUGAUGACCUUAAUGUCACGGAAGAGGCGCAGGUGUUCGAAACUGUCAUGAACUGGGUCCGGUACAAGGAGUCGGAGAGGUUUUCUCUCAUGCCAUAUGUGCUGGAGAAUGUCCGGCUGCCUCUCUUGGACCCUUGGUAUUUUGUAGAGACUGUUGAAGCUGAUAAACUCAUUAGACAGUGUCCAGAUGUCUUUCCUUUGCUCCAAGAAGCAAGAAUGUACCAUCUGUCAGGCAAUGAGAUUAUUACAGAAAGGACCAAGCCCAGGAUGCACGAGUUCCAGUCUGAGGUGUUUAUGAUCAUAGGGGGCUGUACAAAAGAUGAGAAGUUUGUAGCAGAAGUGACUUGCCUGGAUCCUUUGAGGCGAAGCCGUCUGGAAGUAGCAAAAUUACCAAUCACAGAGCAGGAGACAGAGAAUGAGAAUAAGAAAUGGGUGGAGUUUGCAUGCAUUACUCUAAAAAAUGAAGUCUACAUAUCAGGUGGCAAAGAAACAAAGCAUGAUGUCUGGAAAUACAACGCCUCCAUCAACAAAUGGAUACAAAUUGAGUAUCUCAAUAUUGGGCGCUGGAGACAUAAAAUGGCAGUGUUGGGUGGCAAAGUCUAUGUCAUUGGGGGGUUCGAUGGCAUGCAGAGAAUCAACAGCAUGGAAGCAUAUGAUCCCUUUCAUAACUGCUGGUCAGAGGCUGCUCCCCUGAUGGUCAACGUGAGCUCCUUUGCAGCAGCCAGCUACAAGAAGAGGCUGUAUGUGAUUGGGGGGGGUCCCAACGGGAAGCUGGCCACGGACAAGACGCAGUGCUACGACCCUGCCACCAACUCCUGGAGCCUCAGGGCUGCCAUGCCCGUGGAGGCCAAGUGCAUCAAUGCUGCCAGCUUCAGGGACCACAUCUAUGUGGUGGGUGGGGCAAUGAAAGCUCUGUACUCGUACAGCCCCCAGGAGGACACAUGGUGCCUGGUGACUCAGUUCAGCCACGAGAGAGCCAGCUGCGGCAUUUCUCCCUGCAACAACAAGCUCUUUAUCACCGGCGGCCGAGAUGAAAAGAACGAAGUCAUUGCAACAGUGCUCUGCUGGGACCCUGAAACUCAGAAGCUGACAGAAGAGUGUGUCCUGCCUCGAGGGGUGUCUCACCACGGCAGCGUUACCCUCAGGAAGUCUUACACUCCAGUCCGUAAGGUUGUGCCCGGGGCAGUUUCUGUCUGA